AGUUUCUCUUAUCACAAGUGAGGAUGAAGAACAUCAUCAAUAUACAAACCGCUAUUAUUAUGCUAUUGAUUUUCUCUAUGGAAGUUAACAGUUGCAUGCCAAGUGGGCGAAUAAGAGCCAAAAAACACCCUCCAAACUACUGUAAUCUUGUUGGCGAUGACAUCUGUUGCAUUCAAGGAAGAAUCUACACCACUUACAACUGUUCGCCUCCUUCGAUUACUCAUAAUUCAGGUAGUUAUAACGCGCUUCUCACACUCAACACCUUUGAAGGUGGCGGUUACGGGCCAAGCCAAUGCGAUCAUCAUUACCACUCCGAUAAAUUGCUGGUGGUGGCUUUAUCGUCGGGUUGGUUUGAUCACGGAAAUAGGUGCCUAACAAAUAUUACUAUCAAUAAUGAGGCUAAUGGAAGAAGUGUGAAGGCUAUGGUGGUGAAUGAGUGUGAUUCCACCUCCGGUUGCGAUAAAGAAAGUAGUUACUUGCCUCCGUGUGGAAACAAUAUUGUCGAUGCAUCUGAAGCUGUGUGGAGAGCUCUCGAAAUUCCUAUUAAUGAUUGGGGCGAGCUUAAUGUGACGUGGAGUGAUGCUUAGUUAAUGUUUUAAUGAAAUAAACAAACAAA